UUGAUGAUGCAGAGUUCACCCCCCUAGUCUCUGGAAGCCUCUCUGGAGAAAAGCCUCCGCUGAUCAACUCGUUAAUAACAUGAAACAUUUUGUAAUUGUAUACAAUAUGCAAUAUUACAACAUUUUCUCCUGAAACCUGAUUUUUAAUUAUUUUUUUUUUUUAAUGAACUAUAAUCAAACUGCUUUGCAGAAAUCAAUGUGAUGUUUACUUGCGUGCAGUUUGGUGUGUGUGCGUUGAUCCCUGUGUGCGCGUGUCUCGCUGUGUGGAUUCGAACCCUGUGCCCAGCCCUUCAUUUGGCCCUCUUGUCUUUCUGUUAUAGAAUAGUGUUUCAGGAACCAAUCAUUAAACUGCCCCAGGGGGGCUACGCUGCGUACCGAUACGCUCAGCCCACUGCCGCCGUAACCGGGGCGACCGCUGCCGCCGCUGCGUAUAGCGAUAGUUACGGCCGGGUGUUCACCACAGACCCGUACCACGCCCUCGCACCAGCAGCCGCUGCAGCGUACGGAGUGGGAGCCAUGGCGAGUUUGUAUCGAGGGGGGUACAGCCGGUUCGCCCCAUACUGAUUGAACCCCGCGGUGGAGGAGCGCGGCGUCCCCUGUCUGCAACAUUGACCUGAGCAGAAACGGAGGAACUCCACGAAAUCAACCAAGCAACCAAGCAAGCAGCUCAACACAGGGAUGAAAACACGACUCCCAUCGCUCUCUAGCGACGACAACACAACGAAAUCAACCCACAACAAGACUCCCAUGAGAGCCAGUCCAGGUUUUACAUGCAUUCAGACUGUGAGCUCAAUAUUACUAAUUAUAUUAACAGGAUUCCCACUGCAGAGCAGUUUGAGAGCCAGUCCGGGUUUUGCAUGCAUUGAGCUCAGUUAUAACACUAAAGACUCUCACUGCAAAGCUGUUUAUUAUUAAGCUGCCAGAAUGGGUGUAAAACCUGGACUGGCUCUCGAACUGCACUGCAACGGGAGUGGUGUUGCCAUCCCUAUAAAGA